GGAGGAAGUACACAAGGCAGAGAAAGUUGCGCAGUUCUGGUCCAGAGAAGAGGCAGAAAGCUCCUGCAUCAUGAGCUCUGAAACAACCAAAGAAACUAUAGUAGUGAAGACAGGAGAAGCUGCUGCUGCUCCAGCUGCAGGGAGAGGGGAAUGGAAGUGCCCUAUGGGUGACCGGCAUGUCCACAGAGAUGAUGUGAGGAAGGUUUGGAAAGAGUGCCAAGAGGAGAGCUUCUGGUAUAGAGCUCUGCCCCUCUCCCUGGGUAGCAUGGCUGUGACUGGUGGUCUUAUCUACAACGGCGUCUGGAAACAAUCAAAGCGACUUGGUUACUUUCCAAAACUAGCAGUUGCUGGGAUCCUUGGUUUUGCAGUGGGGAAAGCAUCUUAUGUUGGAACUUGUCGAAGCAAGUUUCAAAAGAUUGGCAUUGAGGGUGGACCCUGGUCUGAGGGGCCCGGCUUUGGACCUUUUAAUAAGUCUGGCCAUGGACACAGAGCCUGCCACCAUGUGUGUGAAGAGUGUAAGAAAAAAGCUCAAGAUGCACCUGCAGAACAGUUGAAAAGCUAGAGCCUCAUCCAAAACACUGAAAGACUGUCAGCGUGGAUCAAUCAGUUGCAGCUUUUCUGCUGGUUCUUUAAUAUCAUAAAUACUGCAUAUAAUUUGUCUAAUGUUUCCUGUUUUAAAUAUAUGUGUGUAUAUAUAUAUAUAUAACCCUCUCACAGCAAGAGGGUUGCCGGUUCGAUCCCGGGUGUGGGAGCCCUUCUGUGCGGAGUUUGCAUGUUCUCCCCGUGUCAGCGUGGGUUCUCUCCGGGCACUCCGGCUUCCUCCCACAGUCCAAAGACAUGCAGAUUGGGGACUAGGUUAAUUGAUAACUCUAAAUUGUCCAUAGGU